GUAUUUUCCGCUUAAAGUUGUCAAGUUAGUCGGAUGUGGAGCUUGUUUAUUCCUUCGUUCAGUUCAAUACAAACCAGUGUUUCAAUCCGAAAAGAUGUCUAAAAUAUUAGUUGUGCUCACUUUGUUCUUCUUUAUCUCGAAUAGUAUUGCGAGAAGCGUUCGUAAAGAAAUCAAAAAUGAGAACAAAGAACAUUACUACAAUCCAGGAGAUUUCGAUGUUAUUUAUGAUCAGAAACAGAAUGCUUCUGAAAAUUAUAGAUUGGACAUUAGUGGGGUAGAUGUUGUGAUAGUACACCCUUCUUCGAUAUUAGAAACUAUUUUAUCACCUUUGAGUGCUUUAGCUUUCUUAGAUGAUUUUUCCAAGAAAGCUUCUCCUCUAACGUUGAGAAAGCAUUCCAGUGUUAAAAAAGGGAAUAAAUAUAGAAAAAAUUCAAAUGGACCAGCGUUAACCAGUUCUUCUACUGAAAAAUUGAAUGAAGUUACAGAUAUACCGACGACCCCAUCGAAAAAUCUCAUCAAAAAUCUUGAAGAAAAAAUCCAAGUGAAAGAAUUACUUCCUACAUCCACCAAAAAGGUUGAAAUAGUAGAUUCCACAAAGUCAUUUACUGAUGGGAAGAACUGAUCAUGUAUUAUUCAUUUUCAAUUGGAAUCUAAGUGCAAAUUGUGAUGUUAUUUAUUUAUUUAUUUAUAAUAAAUUGAUCAAAUUUUUA